ACCUGUAGGAUGGCUCCCACAAAGAAGGGUGGCGAGAAGAAGAAGGGCUGGUCUGCCAUCAAUGAGGUGGUGACUCAAGAAUACACUAUCGAUAUUCACAAGCGCAUCCAUGGAGUGGGCUUCAAGAAGCGUGCCCCUCGGGCACUCAAAGAGAUACAGAAAUUUGCCAUGAAAGAGAUGGGAACUCAAGAUGUGCGCAUUGAUACCAGGCUUAACAAAGCUGUCUGGGCCAAAGGCAUAAGGAAUGUCCCAUACCGUAUCCGUGUGCGGUUAUCCACAAAACGCAAUGAAGAUGAAGAUUCACCAAACAAGCUCUAUACUUUGGUUACCUAUGUACCUGUUACUACUUUCAAAAAUCUACAGUCAACCCUAAGCACAAGCAAGAGGGUCAGUCCCCUGCAACACAGAGCAGAGAAGAGGGGCAAGGGAGGAGUCUUGAGGCAAAUGGGCAUCUGCUGCCGGAGGAAGGACUUUGUCCACGGAAAAGCAAAGGCGACCCCAGUCAAAAUCCUGGCAAGUGGCAGCAGGAAGCCCGACUACUUCCCGGUGGAGGGCGCCCCCUGGGGCUCGUACCGGCGCCUCGUGGCGCUCACUCAGGAGAAUUUGGGGGCUUCUCCGCCAGCGUGA